GCGUGCAUGUUGUAUUGCGUUACAUGUAUAAUAUCUCAUGUCAAAUCUUUAACUUCUACGAUAGUCGUCCCAGAAGGGAUUCUGGCAUAAUCUGCAGUGGUAAGACUUGUCAUAGAAUCUUAGUUGAUUCAAUUUGACGCUGAGUGAUUUAAUAGUUGUCGAUCGAAUCCUAAAACGCUAACGUGUGCGGCUUUGAAGGGCUUUACGAUGUUCCAAUAUAAAUCUAACUUUUCUACCCCACCUUUUAAGAUGGAAGACGGACAGCUGGUCUACAAGAACAUUCUUCGUUUUGUCCCAUCUGCUCAAAACGGUACAAUUCGGAGAUUCGUGCCAUUCACUGUACCCAUUCAGUGUAAUUACUAUAGGUAUCACCACGUCUACAGGCAGGGCAUUCGUCCGUUUUGGAGGAAUCGAGCUCUCUUGAAGAAUCUCAAGACCCCGUAUGGCUUUUCCCUAAGAACAGUGAAUGGUGACUGGGUUCCUGAUCACAUGAUGAAUACAUUCUACCUUGGACAGCCCAUACACUUUCAAGCUACUGCAAAUCUUUCUGUUCCUGGGAUGAAGCUUUUCAUCCGCAGCUGUUAUGCAACGGCAUCUCCAGCUUCAAACUCAACCCCUCGAUACACAGUGAUUGAGAAUUAUGGGUGCAUGGUGAACAGCAAGUAUGAAACCUGUAGCUCCCGUUUUGUGCCUCCCAGAACAAACGAUACAAUAAAUUUCAUUGUGGAUGCUUUCCAGUUCAACGCUCUGUCCCCUCUGGUGAACAAGUACUACAUGCACUGCACCAUGGUGGUAACCAGCAGCAUGGGAACGCAGAGCACCAAGUCCUGCCACUAUGACGAGAACAUGAAAAGGUGGGUUCCAUUUAAGAAUGAUCAUAUCAUUGCAUGUCUUGGGUAACUCGAAGGUUUCUGAUGUUUCUUUAUCUAGAAGUAAAGAUUGGGUUGUUUGGGAGGGUGGCAUUCCAUUGACAUGUGAAUGUGUCUUCAGGUGGGUGGAGCUUGAAGGUAACCACAGUUCCUGUUCCUGUUGUGACUCUGUGUGCAUCAAUGAUGAGACUUUGCCCAUCGGUAUGUAUACUUCACCCAGAAGCAAGGGGAAGGGUGUUACAAUUGCAGAUGCGGUAACUUCUGCAAGUUUAUUUUUGUAGUUAACUGUUUUGUAGUAGUGUAAGCUGUUGGCUUCAGCUUGUGGAUGUGAUGUACAGGUCUAAUAGUGGUAUGGUCUUGGCUCGUAUUGUAAAAUUCUCUAAAUGUCUCGCUUCAGGUAGUGUAAGCAGUGAUGCCCUGCUGGUCCUUGAAAAAAUGGGAGGUCAUGACGUUCCUGUCCCUCAUUCGGAUGAGGCCAAGGUGGCAGAGCACAGCGACGACACGGAGAACUGAGAGGGCUGGGGAGCCUGAUCACUUGGAGGUGGGUGAGGGGAGGGCUCUGUCUGCAGAGGGAAAUGGGAAGAUUACUUUUUUGGUGGAACCCUUUUUGAAACAAUUUUUAUAAACAAUCUAUGGCUUGGUUUUAACUGGAUAUUGUAGUAUGGGAGAACAUGCAAGAUAUAUGAAUGUCUGAUAGGGCAAUGUUUGUUGACCAACUCCCUGAGGUUUUUGUUUGCCUUGAAGUUUAUAGCUGUGUUUUUGGAAUGUAAGUAUUCAAUAGUUGGUGUCAUUCAUAAUUUCAAAAUGACUCGUUUUGCUUGUAACGCUGAUGGACUUGCUUAUCAAUGGUCUUUCUUUGGUUCCUCCAGAUGGUGUCUGAAGAUGCAGUUGGCUAAAUCUCGAGUUAUUGGAUCAUGACUGCUAAAUAAAAUGUAUUAACACUUAUACCUUGUACUUUCUGUUAUUUCAUCCUGAUUUGAGGUUUAUUAAAUAAACCAAGUGAAGUAAAUGGGCUGGAUUAAUUCAGUUCUGAGACCAAUCCACUGCUCUGAACCAGAUGAGCUUUAGAUGGGCUGAAUGGCCUUCCCUUGUGUCUCUUAUAAAAUGGCUUUCUCUGUUUGGAUGACGUAAAAACGGAGCUCCUAUUAAGUGACUGAAGCAAUAGAUGUGCAGUUCACCCCCUUGUCUCCCAAGUUGCUUUGGAUAAAAGCAUUUAAAUUAAAGCAGGUGUGUUGAUCCCAUAAUUUGCUUCUAAAAUGCUGGUAUGCACUGAGGAAACAAAUCUAGGACCAGCUGUUCCCCUCCAUUAGUCUUCAAUGGGUUUCAUGAGAAUCGGAAAGGAUGUGCGACAGCCUCCAAAGCCCCCUUGCCCUCGUGAGACUAUGCACUCUGAGAAGAGGGAAAGAGCCCACCAUGCAAUAAUGUACUGCUGUCAUCAGACCACCAGGUGGUGCCAAAUAACCACAACUUUGAACAAAAGUUGAGUAUACUUCUGGUGCCUAUAAAUUAAGACUAGGGAUGGAAAUAGGACUGCAUUUCAUAGCAGCUUUUAAUACAUGCUUGUUUAUCCCCAGUAGGUACAGGGAACAAGAUCAGUUUUUUGUAGUGGGGAAUUUUGUGUAGCUGUGUUUUUAGGAAGGAGGUUUAAUUAUUAUUAUUUAUUUUUUUUAAAUGGGUUGUACCACAGAUUGCAUAGCUGGAGAGAGAUGAACACUCACUAGAAUAGAAUUGUAAGGUUUAAAAUUCCUUUCUUGCUUAAAGGCAUCUGAGGUCCUGAAUUUUAAAGAAGGAACAAGCUAAAUCCUCCAGAUUGUUCCUUCAUCUGAGAAUCCGA